GUCAACUCCUGGAUGCCGUGAGAAUCGCAGCCUGCUCUCCUCUCUCGCUAUUCACUCGUUUAGUUUGCUCCGUCGGUUUUCUCCUCUCGAGUCCGUUUCCACCGUCUCCGGCCCCCUCACUCCCAAUCCCCCCCUGAUCGCCUUGUUUCCCCACAACUUUUCAACAGGUUUUGAAGACAGAUCACGGCGAAUUAUCACUGCUUCUCUGAUUUUCGACCGUAUGCCCUUCUAGAUCCUCGCUCGCUUUUCCCGGAGACCUCCUUUGUCCUCCAUUCCGCCGCCCUCCGGGCGUCCAUUCGAUCUUAAAUACGAACGACGAUCGUGUUCCCUAUAACUACUCCUCGCCCCGUUACUCACAGUACAUGGUUGGAAAAAUUGAAGACGACGCAAGAUCUUGAACGUUCGGAUACUGACUCGCCCUGGUGGCCUUCAACCGUGCCAACGCACCUUACACGCAGCCGCGAGGAUGAUACUACCUUCGCUUUUCUCCAAUCAGCCAGGCCCAUCAUGUUCGGCGCUUUUCUUAACGGUGUUAUUGGGAGUCCAAGCGGUUCAUGCGGCCAUUCCGCUGGACCUUGGCAGCCCAGGCUCGAUUAAGAGUGCAGCAAAGCAGAUUGCGGGCGGAAUGGUAAAAUACUAUACUGGAUACAAACCAGGCGACGUUCCCGGCAACUUGCCCGAUCCCUACUACUGGUGGGAGGCUGGAGCUAUGUUCAGUGCCUUGAUUGAUUACUGGUACUAUACGGGCGAUGAUCAGUAUAACGAUAUCACAACCCAAGCUAUGCUUCACCAAGUUGGGAAGGAAAACAACUAUAUGCCUCUUAAUCAAACCUCGACGCUCGGAAAUGACGACCAGGCAUUUUGGGGCAUGGCCGCCAUGAGUGCCGCCGAGAACAAAUUCCCCAACCCUCCGGAUGACAAACCACAGUGGCUCGAGCUCGCCCAGGCUGUCCUGCAUUCUCAGGUGCCCCGUUGGGACGACGAGACCUGCGGAGGUGGCUUAAGAUGGCAGAUUUUUUCGUUUAACAAGGGUUAUAACUACAAAAACUCUAUCUCCAACGGCUGUUUCAUCAAUCUGGCCGCGCGGCUCGCACUAUACACCAAGAACGAAACUUAUGUCGAAUUAGCAGAGAAGCAUUGGGACUGGAUGACUGCUAUCGGACUGAUCAGCCCUACUUCCCAGGUGUUUGACGGGUCGGACGUGGUCAAGAAUUGUUCUGAGCUCUCCCACAUCCAAUGGACCUACAAUAACGGUGUCCUAAUGGGAGGAGCCGCCGCGUUGUAUAAUUUUACGAAGGGAGCUGAUAUUUGGGAAAAACGACUUAAUGGUCUCAUCGAUGCAGCUGGCAUUUUCUUCUCCAAGGAUCCACCAGAUGUUAUGACCGAAGUGGCUUGCGAGGGCAACGGAAAGUGUAACAUCGACCAACGGUCUUUCAAAGCCUACCUUUCCCGAUGGAUGGCAAUGACGAUCAAGCUCGCGCCGUAUACGCGUGACAGACUGCUACCGAAGCUGCAAGCAUCCGCCACAGCAGCGGCAUUGCAAUGUAGUGGCCCUGACAACGCGUGUGGUCUGCGCUGGACCAAGGGUGAGGCUUACGAUGGCUCUACCGGCGUUGGAGAGCAGAUGGCCGCGUUGGAGAUCAUCCAGUCGAACCUCAUCGACCUUGUUGCAGGCCCGGCAGACAAUUCCACGGGUAUCAGCAGAGGAAACCCGUCCGCUGGCACUGGAAGCGACCCCACGUUCGAGCUUAGUGAUAUCACCACCGGCGAUAGAGUUGGUGCUGGAUUCCUGACAAGCGUGGUCCUCAUCGGCAUUCUUGGUGGGGCGUGGUGGAUGGUAUCUUAGAAAGUUAAUAUUUUGCUGUGAAUAUGUAACGAACAUGUUGCCUACCUUCUUUUUUUUUUUUCUCCCUGUGGCGCAUCGUAUUGUCAUUGUUGCCUGUGCUUAUGCUGCUUUUUACAAGGUAUAUUUUGGGAAACGGGGCUGGGGUUUUGUGGGAUCUGAUAUUUCUCUUUCUCUUUUUUUUUUCGUCCUCGCAAGUCUGCCGAGUAUAUGGGAUUAAAUAUAUCCACUUAAUGCCUUUUUUUUCCUUUUUUUUUUUUUUUUUUUUUUCUGGCAUUCGUGUGUUCUCAGUGCUGAUGUUUCUGUCCUGUAUAUGUAUUGGCUCUUGUCCACCUCCCUGGACGCUGCUCUUUACCAAUGGUGUAAUCAAGGCGUAUGGCGAGUAGAGUGUUUACGCAACUUUUGAGUUGAUUUCCAGCUUAUAAAGAGUAUCACGCCCGUUUCCUCCCCUCCCCCCCCCUCCCGGGGCCCUCUGGUAUUGUAAGUAAGCAAGCUGCCAAACAUAUCGUACACACACAUUCACAUACAUUCCAACACUAAAUCUUUUGUCAAUGGCUUGUGGAGUAGAAUUGUUCUCCACCUCUCUUGUUAUGCUUAUUUCAAAAUACGCCAGACGCCCCGUCCAAUGGCUUUCUUUUCCUUUCUUUUUGGUUUGAUUGUUCAGAAACACACCCAAGGCGUGGAGCGCCAAGCGGCAUGUGGUAAUAUACAAGUUCGCGCUUCAUUCAUAUCCCGAUUCUAACUCUACCAACUCUUAGCGCACAAAUGGGUGGGGAGAGAGCGUUUAUUUAAAUCCCCCUUUGAGUCAUACGAUCAUACCCCUUUCGGCGUAUAUAGAGGAGGGAGGAGCCCCGGGGGGGGGGUUCUAAAAUUAUCCGACGGUAAAAGGUGUUUUGCGCGGAGCGAGCCCUCUUUUUAUUAUUAUUGCGUUGGCUUGUCCGUGGGAGUUUCGGCGGCUGCUUUCUUCGCGGCAAGGGCAGCCUCUCGUUGCUGUUUCUUCUGGAGCUCUUCGGCUUCUUUGGCGACGACCCAGACUGGGACAAAGGGAGAAUAUUCGUUAGUUUGGGGGGUAUUUAACUUUUUUUUUUUUAAAAAAAAAGACGAAUGUAAGAGCUUUUAUUUUCUUUGGGACAUACUGGGCUUGUCGGACUUGGAGUAUUCUUUCAGCUUGGUGACGAAUUCGUCGAACUCUUGCUGUCUCUUGUCGCGGUUUGCGAGGUUACGUUUUUGAAGCUCGGGGUUGAAUCUCUGCGUGGUUAAUAGGGUAAGAUUAGCGCGCGUCCAGGCCUAUUCCUUUUUCAUUUUCAUUUUUUUUCAUUUUUCUUUUU